AUGGUUGAUUUGGAGAAAGCGAUAGUGGCGGGAGAUUUCAACGCCAUACUCAAUAACGAAGAAAAAACUGGAGGAUUAAGAAUGAAUGCCCAUGUGAUGGAAGAUUUCCGAGAUUUUGUGACAGAUAAUAACCUUUUUAACGUUAUCCCUAAAUCAAGAAAGUUUACAUGGACUAAUACAAGGGCGAAUUUUAGUAGAAUUUCAGAGAGAUUGGACAGAAUAUUCACUGGAACAUAUUGGAUUAGAGGACAGUUUCACUUGGAGACAAUAAUUCUGCCCUUAACACUCUCGGAUCACUUCCCAGUUCAGUUGAACUGUAUCACAUCAAUGGCAAAGAUGAAAUAUCUGAGGAACAAGAUUAAAAUAUGGAAUGUCAAAUCCUUCAAGAAUAUUUUUUCAGAGAAAAUGAGGGUGGAAGUGGAACUUGACAGGGUCAAUAACUUGGUGAUUGAGAAGGGGAUGUCAAACAAAGAAUUUAAUAUUGAGAAUUCUCUUAAAGAAGAAUUGGCAGAGAUUCUUCUGAGAGAAUAA